AUGACGAGAAGUUGUUUAGCUUCUCAGUUUGCAGGUCAUUUUUUACCUCAUCUAUGCUGCUUAUUCCAACUCGUAAACAACUAUGCAAACAUAUACAUAUCAGUAUUUCAGACUGAGAUCUUAUAGAUCUGGAAGUCACUAUAUGAUAUGGAUAUCAUGAGUGUUGUAUCUAGAAGAUUGCUCAAUGCUUUCUGGGUGGGAGCUUAAUUUUAAUCGGCUCGCAAUAAUUUUAGCUAGUACUAACUAGAUAUCAAUUACAUUUUUAAGCCAUUCUCGACAGAAUAGACGGAAGCUUAAGAGUACAUACAUAGCCCAAAGUGAAGUACACAUUCAUUCAUUAAUUCAGUCGCGAUUCUCGAUUCUUUGUCGAUCGUAGCUAGCAUAGGGCAAAUACCAGUUGCGCACAUGAGUUUUCCUUCUUAAAAUCUCACAAUGCUAAUCCCAUAAUGAAGAUAUAUAUAUACAUCAAUAUAAUAUCAUGAGGUCUUUAUUGUCUUUUUACGGACGGCCAGUCUAGCUAAGAUUUCACGCUCUUUGCGGGGGAGAAGAUUUCGUUCAAGUCAUAAGUGCAGUCUAAUUGUGGAGUUAAAUCUCUCAAAGGGCCAUUACAAAACACGUGUUCCUGUAUUUAAAUAACUGUCCUAAUAGUAAAUGUUAUAUCAGUGGAGUGGACUGAUUAUUUCUAUUUUUAACUUUUUAAAAAAGGAUUGGUCGAGUUACGGUUCGGAACUUAGACAACAGUACUACUCGGGAAUAACGUUGAAUUCCGGUUCUGUCAAAUAUCAUCGCCGGAAUAAAUAUACGAGCCAGGAAAAGCGACAACAGAAAACAACAACAGCAACAACACUCGGUUAAAUAGCACUGAGAACCAGCACGAAUAACAGAAUCAAGGAGCCUUACAUCACACCUCAGGUAUCAAAGAUGAGUGAAACUUCAACAUCGCCUGUAGAAUCGCCGGAAGAAAACCAAGAAGCAAAUCAACACCACAGGAUUCCCAAGUGCGCAAGAUGUCGUAGUCAUGGAACAGUGUCAUGGCUAAAAGGUCACAAACACUACUGCCGUUGGCGCGAUUGCACGUGCUCAAAAUGUCAGCUGAUAACGGAAAGACAGAGAAUUACGGCAGCUCGUGUUGCUAUACUCAGACAGCAGAGGAAGGGAGCGGAACUGCGCCAGAAAUACCAACGGGAAAUGGAAACAGUUCGAUUAAGUUACUCCAUGGUAUUUCAAAAUAACGGAAUCGGCGGGUACCAACAUAAUACACUUCAUCAUCAUCAGCUCGCGCGUGCGCAGUAUGAAGAUCGGAUUAGACCUUAUCCAGUCAUUGAGUCAACAGAAUUAGAAAUGUCACGGAAGAGAUGCAGCUCAGUGUCCGACGAAAAUGAUGAGACUCGACCAACAAGUCCCAAAAGAAACUCAGUCUCUCCAGAGAUCCACAUCAAACAAGAGAAACCAAGUGAUGAACCCUCAAGCCCGAGACAAAACUCCCCUCCAAUGACCAGCCCGACUAGUCCCAUACUAGAAGAAACUAUUCAAAAUGAGGAGCAUUUGCCUUAUCCAAUCAAACUGGAUGCUGAGAAUUUAAACAGCAGCCUUCAUAGGAUUCAACAUGACAUGUCUGCAAAUCCGCAUCUGAGGCCCAUUGAGUUACUAAUGAAAAUAUUCCCUGACUACGACCCAAGAACCCUGGACCUCUUCCUUCAGUCAUGCCGGAACAACUUAGUGGAGACUAUAGAAUGUAUCUUAUCAACCCAAAGAUCUUGUCACGCUGCUGGCGGAGUAAGCUGUGGUCCAUUAAGACCUCCUACACUUAACGCCUGCACGAUGCCUACCAUGACGCAUUCCUCGCCCUUUCUACACAGUCCAUUACCAAGAGAUUCCAUUGGAAGGCAGCUACCCAGUGCGCAUUCAUGUCCGUCCACUCGUAUCUACCAACCACUACCUUUGCCUCCACCUCUCCUUAUUAAACCCAAACCAGAAAGUCAUCGCUUUCGACAUCCCUCUAUUUCUCCAACCCUUCCCAGAGCUCCUUCAACUGGUCUGUCGGAAAGGAAUGGCUGUGGGAUAGCGAUGUCAAAGUUUUGUACAUAUUGCGGCAACAAAAUGAAAGUCUUUGAUAAAUUUUGCUCGCAUUGUGGAAAGGCAUCUGAUGACAGCAGCCCAAAAUAGUUUCUAGCGAACGUUUACACCUCAUAGAGACUCUUUACCAAAAAGGCGUUAAAAUCUAUAUAAAAUAGAAUGUAUGGCUUUUUCGAUAAUAAUCAAAUAGUUCAAAACGUCCUAUGUCAAUACGUGCUGUGAGUGCCGUAUAGGAUUCCUAAAGUCGUAUGAAAAAGCUCUAAGCGAGCUCUAACGGUAACUUGUCCAUAAAGUAGGUGACAAAAAGCUAAGCUUUUUUUUUGUAAUUCCAUAAAGUCAUUAGAUUGAAAGAAGAACGGUUUUAAAAGGCUCAGUUCAUUAAGUGAAAGUUUUAUGUACAAAUUAUUUAUCUAAAAAAACUUGAUAUCUACUACUUCCUAUAUACUAUAUCUAAACCGAUGAAACGAAAUAAUAUUUUUGACUUAAAAAUAUAAGAUAACAAGGUUAUCAUGGUUAUUCAAACGAGACGUAAAAUAGAAUAUAUAAAUAUAGUCCAGUUAUUUGCUUAGAAAUCAAAAGGAUAGCCAAGUAAUUUUCGAAUAAGAGCCUUAAUAGUGGCGUUAGCCCAGUGCUGGUCUUGUUUUAUCAAUUUGCGCGCACAAGAGGAGGAGCUGAGUAGUAAAGUUGAUGGUAAUAGGGAAGAUCUCUUGUGCGUGCUCAGGUUUUUACAUAUUUACUACCACCACUCCCCAUACGGGGUUCUUCAGUGAGGCUCCCUCCACACGCACUACCACUUCAGUCUGUAUUAACACCAUACAACACUCAACUCACAUGUUGAUUUUUACGUAGGGAGGAAACGGGAAAACCCUGAUACAACCCUCGUUGCAAGGGAGAGAACAACACAUCAAACAAACUCUGCUUACAUCUGGUCCAGUCUGAGUUGGGUCUCGAACCCGGACCACAACGGUGAUAGCCGAGCAGUAAACCACUACGCCACCCAUGCCACCCAAUCUUUCUUUUACAUCUGAGACAAAAUAAGUUACUAAGAAAACUGGGUGAUAUUCUGGAAUACAAUUAUGUUAGCGUUAGGGUCAAAAGAACAUUUAAAUUGAGUAUAAUGCAUUUAUAUGGUUAGAGACUGAAACACUAAAGUUGAUCUCCUCGCGACAAAAUGUCCACCUAAAUUGAUUUUGAUUAAAUAUUGGAAACUUAUUAGAAUUUAUUUAUCUAUUUAUAAUCUUUUAUUUUAAAUCAGUAGGGGGAAAAUUUUAUGAUCUAAAUCUGCAAACUAAAUUGUGCAUCUUAGGUGUUAAUUUUAGGAAAUAUAGACAUUAAACCAUGGCUUGUAAAUUCAACACUAAUAUUAUCUGUAUUAAACAAUUACCAGUUUUUAA